GCCAUGGCGGCGGGGGCGGCGCGCCCGCGAAGUGAGGUGAUAAGAGGGAGCGGCGGCGACAGGAGCGCGCAGUGCCGAGCGGGGCGCGGCGGCGGCGGCGGCGGAGCGCGCCCGGCGCAUCCCUCCUUCCAUCCACCCCUCCUUUCCCCACUGGCACCACCGCGCCCCGUCCGUCCUGCCCGGCUCCCCACAUGGCCGCGGCUCCUCGGGAAACGCCUCGCGCCGCCGCCCUGCCGGUGCCGGAGCCGCGUUGCCGGGCGGCGGCCGCCGCCUCCUCCUCCUCCACCUCCUCUUCCUCGUCCCCGCGGCGCCGCUAGCGCCCCGCGCCCCGCGCAGCGCAGCGCCGAACUAGAAGAAGAAGAAGCAGCAGCAGGAGCAGCAGCAGCAGCAGCAGCAGGGCGCUCCCGCGGCACCGCCCCGGCGGCGGCGCUGUGCCGGCUCCGCGCGGCUGGACGGCGCGUCCGUGCCGCCUCCCCUCCCUCUGCUCCGCGCCGGCGCUCGGGACCACGGCGGCGGCGGCGGCUCGGCGGGACGCCCCGGCACGGAUGCGGCAGCCCCCCGGCGAGUGCGAGAUGGCGCUCAGCGGCACGCUCCUUCCCUCCAUCGCCACCUUCGCGGCGGGCGCCGCGGGCCGCGAGAAGGCGGCGCGGCCCGCGGGCCCCGGCAACCGCUGGCGGGAGGAGCUGUCGCAGCUGAAGCGGCCGCCGCCGGCGCUGUCGGCGCGGCCGGUGGAGACGCCGCCGUCGGAGCUGGAAGGCGCCGCCGCUCUCGGCCCCCGCCGUGACGCCGAGGAGUUCAAUGAGCUGCUGGACUUCGACUUCAUCCUCUCCAACUCGCUCAUGCACCAGGAGCCCGCCGCCGCCGCCAUAGUGGUGGCCCCCGCCGCCACCCCGGCCCCCACCGCCAGCCCCUGCCCCGCCGGGCCCUUCGCCUACCCGCUGCCCCGGCCCGAGCCCGCCGGUCUCCUCUACGGCGGCGGCGGCGGCUGCGACGGGGCUCCCGCCGCCGGGUCCGCCGCGCCCUUCAACCUGGCCGACAUCACCGACGUGUCCCCCUCGGGAGGCUUCGUGGCCGAGCUGAUGCGGCCAGACCUGGACGCGGUGUACCUGCCAGCGCCGGCCGCGCUGCCGCCCCUGGGCAGCCUGCAGGGCAAGUUCGUGGUGAAGGCGGUGGGCGACUACAGCCACCCGGGGCUUAGCCCCAAGAGCGGCCCCGCCGCCCCGCCGCCCGGCGCCGACGGCCCCGGCGCGCCCUACACCUCCCUGCCGCGGAUGUGCCCCAAAAUCAAGCAGGAGGCCGCGCCGCCGUGCACCCUGGCCCCGCCGCCGCCGCACGGGAGCAGCCCCCGAGGAGCCCCGCAGCACGACUUCGCCCUGGGCAGCCGCCCGCUGCCCGCCCGGAGUACGCCGUCGCUGGGGCCCGAGGAGAUGCUGAGCGGCAGAGACUGUCUCCCCGCCACGCCGGGGCUGGCCCACCCGCCGCUGCCGCCGGGGUACCCCCCGGCUCCUGGCUACCCCACCUUCCUGCCCGAGCAGCUCUCUCCCGGCGCGCUCCAGUACCAAGAGCUCAUGCCGCCGGGGAGCUGCCUGCCAGAGGAGACCAAGCCCAAGAGGGGACGCCGGUCAUGGCCUAGGAAAAGGACGGCCACACACACCUGUGACUAUGCGGGCUGCGGCAAAACCUACACCAAGAGCUCUCAUCUCAAGGCGCAUCUGAGAACCCACACAGGUGAGAAGCCUUAUCACUGUGACUGGGAAGGCUGCGGGUGGAAGUUUGCCCGAUCCGAUGAACUCACUCGUCACUACAGAAAACACACAGGCCACCGCCCUUUCCAGUGCCAGCGUUGUGACAGAGCCUUCUCCAGGUCGGACCACCUCGCCUUACACAUGAAGAGGCACUUCUGAUUUGGGAAAGCCGUGGAUCUUUCCCCCGACUGCCGCAGAGAUUCAGUAUUUACAGCACAAGGACUGUCUUCCACAAGACGGGGAGAACUCAUUUUAAGCACUACAGAUAAUCGAGGUGAAGUCUUCCAAAGAGUGGAAAAGAGGGAUAACUGCAUAUGGACAUUGCAACUUUCUUUUUUUAUAGUUAUACACUUAAGAGAACCAAAGACGUUGGGGUCAAUGACUGGAUCUUCUAUCAUUCCAUUUGUAAAUCCAACUUGAAUUAUUUCUGGACUACAGAAUGCCAAGGAGUGACUGGAAGUCACGGAUAUCAGGGUUAAACAGACUGUAUGUAGUUCGGAGGGGUGGGGAUAUUACACAGGGAAAUUACAUUCCCUUAAUUUCCUUUCAAUGCAAUAUUAGAUGUACAUGUCAUCUUGUACUUUCUUUUUUUUUUUUUUUUUCCUUCUAAAAGCCAUUACAAUGUUAAAAGAGGAGGAAAAAUUCAGGUACAGAAUUAUAUUUUCAAAGCCUAUUUCAUGGUGCUUAGUGACUGUUGGUUCUAGAGGUACCAAGAACAGGAAGCCAAAGUUCUCAAACUGCUGCAUAUCUGACAAGGAACUAUUUUUUAUCUUCCGAUUGCCAAUUAUGACCUAAAUCAGGUGAAUAACCCUGGUUUAUCUUUUUUGUUAAGAAAAUAACUUUAUGCAGACAGUCUGUAAUGCACUGUGGUUUCGAUGUGCAAUAGUUUGUACAAUGGUUUAUUCCCAAAUAUGCCUUAAGCAGAACAAAUGUUUUCUAUAUAGUUCUUUACAUAAUAAAUAUGUAAUAUAAAUUUAAGCAAACUUCUAUUUUGUAUAUUUGUAAACUAUGAAGUAAUAAUGAACAUUUUGUUGGAAUUUGUAUUUUGCAUAUUCAAGGUGAAAAUAAGUUUUAAAUAAACCUAUAAUAUUUUAUCUGAA